GAGAAAAUGUCUGCCGCCUCGGACUGCUCGCUGCUGAAGACUCUUCUGUGCCCCGUGACUACUCGCUAAACGCGUCUCCUGGGUGACGUUACCACGCCGGUUGUUGGCUCUUGUAAUGGUGGGAUUACUCCAGUAAAUCGUCAGCCGUCAUGAACUUCCCCGGCCUGAAGGAAGACUGCGAGACCCUCCUUAGCCGCUUCCAGGCGACCGACAGCGUGCGCUACGAGGAGUUUCUGGCCAUAUGGAAGGAUAUGCAAUUCUCCAAGAUAUUUGUAGGUGGAAUGAGGACUCUAGAACGGAAUGCGUUUACCGGGGAAGCGUUCUCUAUCGCCUGCUUGUAUUUCCUGCCGCCUUACACCUUCCAGAUCCGCGUCGGCGCUCUCUACCUGCUCUAUGGCCUCUACAGCACGCAGCUUUGUGAACCAAAACGGCAGAUUCGGAUAUCGCUAAAAGACUGGAGUGAAGUUCAAAGUUUCCACCAGGAUCUGAUCAGCGCGAACCAUUUGGAUGCGGCUUACGUCUUCCUGCAGAUGCGUUUAAAGCGCGCCUUCCACUUCACGGCGAUGCCAAAAUUUCUUACGUUCCAGAUCCACAAAAAUACCCCGAAUAGCAGCGGCAGAGAGGAGUUUAAAGAUGUUCAAGACAGAGUGUCAAAUCUGGUGACAUCGGACACCUUGGAGGAAAUACAGAAUAUUCACGAGCAUUACCGGAAAACAAAAUGCUUGAUUUCUGCCGACAAAUCCCAGCCGGACAAGUCUCUGAGUUUGGCGAAGGACGACUUCGUGGACGGCCUCAAAAACUUUGUGACGGAACAUCAGCUGUGGAAACUGGAGAAGAGAACGCCAAAGACUAAAAGCGAUGAAGAAAAGGAAGCCACUUCUCAAGAGUCAGAAGGUUCUGAGAGAGCACGAGCGCUGGCUAGAAUUAAGGCCAAAUCUUAUAAUUCCGUCACAGUGGCCCCGAAGUCCAGGCGGCAUCGUCAGGUCCAGCUGGUUUCUGCAAACACCGACCCAACCGAUUCACAAAAAAGAAAGCGGCCGAGGAGUAGAAAAUCCAGACGGAAAACCUCAAAAGAGAUGGAGGACUCCGAUUCCGACGACGAUUACGAGGUAAGCAGCAAGAAAUCUCAACAUCCCAAAAGCUCAAGAAUGCCUGUAAUUUCCGAGGAGGAAAUGUCAUCCAGCGGAGAGGAAUUUUUAAUCACAAAGCGGAAGAGGACCAAAUAGCAGAAGAGUUCACUAAACGUCACCCCCCCCAUCUCAGUGUUUCUGUAAAUAAAUGUAAAUUUACGUUGCUUUCUUUACCGCCUCGCUUCGGUCUUUUGCUUUUGUGGAGCCGCCUAGAUUCUCAGAGCAUAUAAUAAAUUCUUGU